CCGAGUGAUAUUACCCAAUUUUCAAAACUGCACGUGUGUUGGGAAAAACAUUUGAAGGACAGUAAACACAUCUCUCGCCUCCAUUUGGCGCCAAAAUAUGCCCGGAUAUUUGCCCUAGGACAUUAUUUGUUCCUCAAAGCUCACAGUGUUCCUAGAGCUACGAUACCGGAAAACUGUUUACUCUUGCCGCAAACAAUAUCCAUGGAUAAAUUCAUGCCAAAUGGAGGCUAUUGUUUAUGUAUAGUAGAGGAGGUAGUUCUCAACCUAUCAUCCCAGAAGUACUGGGGCAGUCCCUUCGGGGAGAAAAUGUUCAUUUACAAAAUAGGGUUAGGGAUACCCGUCAUCUCGGUUAGGGUUAGGACUGCAGAUUUUUGUGACUAUUCGGCUAUUUCAGGGGGAAAAGCCAAUAUUGAAGCCGCUCGGGGUUGCACGCGAAGGAAUAACGAAACGCUGUUCAUAUUGUGUUGUUGAUCAUGACUGAUUAGGUAGGAAAUUCCUUUUCCGGUCAAAUUGAAACUUGGAUCAAGGGGUGAGUCAUUAUAUUUUUGAGAGGAACACUAGGAAAAUUCUUCUGGAGGGAGAUAUUUUUCAGGGCGAAUUAGACACCUACCCUCGACAGCUGCUUCGCCAGCAUAUAAGUAUUGGGUUGGCUAUUGACCAAGCGUUGAGGUCAACAUGGCUUGUUCGCUCGGGUAGCCAAUCACAGCGCAGGAUUUGUUUCACUGAAGGCAGGUAGAGGAAGGACUCUGGGAACGAGGUUGAGUAGUUCCCAGUUAUCUAUCGUGCAGCGGCCCAAAAUAACGCCGCCCUGUUUGUGACUAUCCUAAGCCAAUAUUUGGUUCUCAGGUCACAUAGCUAGUGGGUUAACCAGCAUUUAGAUACAUAUAUAUAGCGUUGAGAAUGGGUGGUUCUCAGUCUAACUUGCCUCCCAGGCCAUUGGGUUUUGAAUAUAUGUGUAUUGCCGUUCGACCUUCGGAUAAACUUCGUGUUAUUUAUGGCACUGAUUACGAAAUCAGCAUCAUUCGUCAGGUAAUCCAAGAAACAUGGCUUCCGGGAAUACAGAGAGAAACGUUCAUGCUGAAUGGUGUACACGAAUUCAAGUUGUGCGGAUAUCCAUUUGCCGUGAAUAUUUCAUCAAGUAAUGCUGCUCUCUCCAGGAAAAUGGCCAGUGGUAUUUUACACAGACUCAAUCGCGAUGGAUGGAAGCUUCUCGUCUCAAGUGACUUAACAAGGACAUCUGACCUCACCACGUGGAUCUUCAUGAAAGUGUCAGUUGCAACACUGUCGUCUCAGCCAUUUAUGGUUGUGGGUCUUAGUAGCUCUGACAGUUUAAUGGUCCUCAACGCACCGGCUGAACUCCAUCAAACAUUCAAGGACGUGCUCGACAAAUCAUGGCCUCGUGGAAUACAAAGAUGGUCGUAUGAGGAUUCUGUGUUGUUGAUCAAGUUGAAAGGUACCCCUUGGCAUCCAGAUGGCGAUGAAACCGUUCAUUCAAGAGUGGUUCUGCAAACACUUGUGAAUGAUCUGCACGCUAGGCAGUGGAGUCUGUAUGGAAAUUCCAACCUUAAGAGUGGUACCAACACCUUUUUCUUUGAGCAUAACCCAAAUGUUGUACAAGGGCAGCUUCCUCCUGCACACUUCACUAUAAGUCUCAACAAGCAUGACUCACUGAGGCUGAUAGGCAUUCCAGAGAGUUUGAUUUCCGCCGUACGUGAUGUCAUCCAAACCUCUUGGCGAAGGGGUAUUCAGCAAGAGUCACGCUACUUUGACAGCUGGGAGUUCAAGCUGAGAGGAAACCCUUGGUGGGCAUCAGGUGAGGAAGCAGUAGACUCAAGAUAUCUGGUACUGAAGCUGAUGGAGAGCAUGCAAGCAUAUGGGUGGAUGAUCAUUGCCAGUAUUGCCAGCUCAAGGAAAUUGUCUGACAAAAGUGCCCUGCUUUUCAGACAAUCUCAACCAAGGCAGGCUCCUGUUUUCUGCAUUAGCUUAAAUGAGACCGACAAACUGCGGCUGAUAAAUGCACCAGAAGAUGUCACAAAGAUAUGCCAAGAUGUCAUCCAGGCUCAGUAUGUCAUUGGUAUUCAAAGGGUGCAGCGCUAUGGCAGUAGUCUUGAGUUCAAAUUACUGGGCAAUCCUUGGGGUGAUGGACUAACUGGCUAUGAUGGCCUUCAUGGCAGAAGUCUAAUAUGCCAUUUAUUUUGUGCUCUGGCAAAUCACCACUGGAGACCUGUGACAUCAGCAGAUGUGUCAGCGAAGUAUGUUCACCAAGACAAAGGUCCUGAUUACCCAAUAGAUGUGGACAGUAUAUUCUUUACCUUUGAUCCUACAGCUGCUGUCCAGCCAGCUGCACCACCUCCACAAGUUCCUUACUAUCAACCAUAUUCCCAGCCAUUUGCUCCACCACCUUCUUAUGGGUUCACUUCUCCACCACCUUCUUAUGGGUCCACUGCUCCACCAUCAUAUGAGCCUCCAGCCUAUGGUGCUUUUUCUACUCAGUGAUGUUGCCAUUAAGUUUCAUAUAACAGGUGUAUGUUUAACACUAUGAUAUAAUCCUCAGACAGGAUUACUACAAGCUAAACUACAUGUAUUAUUCAUACUAACUCUAGCUUCUAAUCAGAUUGUGCAGAAUGUACAUCAUGUACACAUACAGCAAUCUGUAUCAUCCAAAUCCAAGUGCAAGUGCAGUGCCAGUCAAAUGUAACUUGACAGUUACUCAAAAUUCAUUCGACUCAAGAACUUAUCUACAUGUACUGAUCUAAUUUUGCAUUGCUAUUGUUUCCAUAACUUGCUGCUAUUGUUAUGCAUUUGAGAAUUAAAUUUUUUCAGAAAAUUCUUUGGGAGUCUUGAAACUUGAGACUCUAGAAUUGAAACUCGAAACUGGAACCUCAAACCUCAAAGCUCAGUUGUCAAUUCUUGAAAGCAUGGAGGAUUAAGUAUUGAGUUUCAAUUCAUGACUGCCAACUUAUGCCUUGACUGGUACUACCUGGCUAUUAGCUUUGAGUAAAAAACAGUUUAUUGGCCCUAGCAGGUGCCUUAUAGAAAGAACUGUGUGCAUGGAUGGUUUCGUUUGUAGAGAAACAUUCCGAGUUGCCAAGAUGAAGAAGUUUAUCAGUCAGUGAUAAAUUAUUUGUAUAGAAAUGCUAUCUUUAAUACAUGCAGUUCAAUUAUUUAGAAAUGUCAGAAGAGCUGGUUACUUGCACCAAUAGCUGGUUACAUUGUAGUUGUUAAAUGGACUGUGAAAUUUGAUGCUGAAGAUUUAAUACUUUAUUGUAUUACACAGCACAACUUGUAAGCUGGAUAAAUAUCAAGUCUGCAUUGUAUAAUUAAUUUACUGUAUAAGGUAAGCUAUCUGAUGCAAUUAUGUUAAUUGUUGAUCAACAUUGUUUUCUUCUGUGAUGGUUUUUAAGAUAUAUAUCUUAUCAGAAUAAGGUUCCAAGCCCAACUGACAGCUUUAACUGGACUGGGGUUGCUGUGAACCCAGCCCAAGUACUGGGCUUGCUUUGGUGGCUUAAUGGUUAGUUGCUGCCAAAAGUAAGGGGAGGGGAGGGGGGAUUUUUGUGACUGACCUUGGACUGUCUUGACUUAUUUACAGUAAAAUAGUUGCUGAUCUGGUCAGAUAUGCAUACCCAGAAAUAACAUUUAUAAUAAUCGUAAGAUAGUAUCCUUUUUAAUGUAGAUUAGGUACUGCACACUCUCUAAUUAAUUAUUUACUUGGUAUUUUAUUAGAGUAUAAAACAUGGUCAACCAUGUUUCAAAUUAUUGUGCACGUGACAAUCUAUAUAUGUGUGUACCGUGCAUGUAUAGAUUUAAAUGCAGAAAUAUAAUUAUAAGGAAGCCACACUUGUUUGUUAUGCCUUAUUAUUAAACACUUGUAAGUGUUUGAUAGAAAGCUUUGUUUAUUGUGUGUAUUCUAUGUAGCUCUGGCCAAUGUUCCCUAAAAAAUAAGAUUUUCUAUCAUUGUUAUUGUGGUUAGAGAGAGAAGUUAAAUGUUUUCUUCAUGGGUGGCAAAAAUACUUCCUGUGUUCUCUGAACACCUGCAUAUAGAUAGAAAGGUGAUAAAUUCUUUCAAAAUUGACAUUUUUUUUUUUUUUUUGUCAUUGAUUUAAAUAAAUGACAAAGGCCAUGUAAACUGCAGUUAAUACAUUAGUUAUGACUACAGGUCUGUACUCUUUUAGAAACCACAGUAAACGACCAAGUUUGUUUCUCAGGGUUAACUAAAAACACACUACUGUGUACGUGUAGAUAAAAAAAGUAAUUACUUAGUAAUCUAUAGAAUAGAUACUAUAUCACAAUAUAUGUUAUUGAACUUAAACCUUCUGAAGGUGGACAUUCUAAGGAGUUUUAUGACUUGUUCCUUUACAUGUACAUAGGGGAUAUCUGUGUAUUAGAUAACUUGGAAGACUUGGGAAUGCUGUGAGCCCUGUGGUUCAACAGACUCCAGACAGCUAUAUAUUUUUAUAUAUAAUUGACACCACCUAGUUUGUUCAGAGGGCAAAUAAUUAAAGUCAUCGAAUCAGAUAGCUCU